AGGAUAUCCGUGUAUAUCAUGUGAUAAACAAUAUGUACAAUAACGUCAACAAUUCGCGAAUAGGUAAUGUUUAUAAUAGAAUUCUAAUGAUUACGCGAGCGAAACAUUUUUGUUUUAGUAAGUGAGCGACUGGAGGGCUGAGUCUAUUGAAUGAGAUUUUCCCUUGGGGGUGGAACUAAAGUUUACUUACAUUUUGAACCCUCGAUAUUUCUGAUAUUUUAAUUAUUAUUUUUUAUUCCGUGCAGCUAGAAAAGUUCCGAAACCACAACUCCCAGUGGCUUUGUAUGGUAGAGUCGCAGCAGGAACGUGAUAAUGAACAGGAUUACAYAGAAAAUAAUGAUAAUGAUAAUGACUUGAACACGUUUAUGCGAUCAGAGUACUUACAAAAUUGCGACCUCUACAACAGCUCGAAUAUCAACGAGUACGACAUCGAUAGUAACAGCAACAAUAGCAACCAUUUAGAAGGUUCCUUAAAUUCUAUUUAUAGCAGGCCUGUGAGCACAUUUCGUCUUAGCCAGGAUCUGGACGAUAUGUAUAAUAUAACUUCCAGCUCCAAAUCUCAAAGUUUCAAUCAGGGCUGUAAUGAUAACAUUUAUAUGUUUAAGUCGAACAAGUCAUUAGAUGCUGACGGCUUGAAUGAUAAGCUUAUAUAGUAAAAAAUAAGACUAUUCACAGCGUUGAGUAUGUAAACUUCGUAAUUACGAAAAAUUUAUAAUUUUAAAGCGUCUAUAUGCAGAUGUUAUAUUGUACUAUGUCUACAUAUGUUAACAUAUUUGCUGGCAUACAUAUAAAUUAUUCACUU